AUGGACCUGGACUCCAACCAGACGGACGUGGAUGAGCACCACGUCCUGGGGGGCGGCGUCGACGGCUACGGCGUCGCCAUGGCGAUCCUGUACCUGGCGGUCUGCGUCCUGGGCCUGGCGGGCAACUCCCUGGUCAUCGUCGCCAUCCUGAAACUGGACAAGAUGGCGUCCUCCGCCACCGUGUACAUCCUGAACCUGGCGGUGGCCGACGGGCUCUUCAUGGCGGGCCUGCCCUUCAUCGCCAGCCAGAACUUCCAGAACCGCUGGGUGUUCGGCGACGCGGCGUGCAAAGCGGUGAUGGUGCUGGACGGCAUCAACCAGUUCACCAGCGCGUUCUGCCUGGCGGCCAUGAGCGUGGACCGCUACAUGGCGCUGGCCGACCCGCUGCGCUUCGCCCGCUGGCGGACGCCGCGCCGCGCCAAGGCGGUGGCGGCGCUGCUGUGGCUGUUCUCGCUGCUCACCAUCCUCCCCAUGGCGCUCCACUUCUCGGCGGAGCGCGGCCUGUGCGUGCCGGACCUGGUGUCGGGCGCCCGCUGGCUCGGCGUCCUGUCGUACACCUUCGUCGCCGGCUUCGCGCUGCCGUUCGCCGUCAUGACGGCGUCCUACGCCGCGCUGCUGCUCGGGCUGAGGGCCCGGCGGCGGCGGCUACGGGCGCCGCCCGCCGCCGACCCGGAGAGCCGGCGGCCGGAGCGGCAGGUGGCGGACGCGGUGGUGGCUGUGGUGGUGGUGUUCGCCGUGUGCUGGCUGCCGUUCUACGCCUUCAACUUCUGCUCGCUGCAUCAGAGCGGCGUGGCCUUCGCCCGCGCCUUCGAGUGGGCGGUGCUGCUGUCGUACUCGUGGAGCUGCGCCAACCCCAUCCUCUACGCCUGCCUCUCCGACGCCUUCCGGAGGCACUUCCGCUCGCUCCUCUGCCCCGCCGCCAAGUCACCUCCCAGCAUGCAGUGCGACACCGAGCGGUACGACUUGAACGACGCGGGCGAGCGGGAUGCGACCGUGCUGGCGUGAAAAACUGACGUCGCUCAAGACCUUCUUUCAACAUCGUUACUUAUUUGAUGUUUCGUAGAUUUUGUUCUUUUUUUCCUUCUUUUUAAUGUCUACAAUUGUAUAAAUUGUCCAUAUUUUUUGCCAAUUUACUGAAUUUGAGGUUAUUUUGUUCACCGGCGUCUCCACUGUCGUACUUUCUCACUUCCCCCGAGUUCUCGCCACACGUUAAGUCAAAAGCAGAAGGAGAGGAAGAGAGAAAAUGCAUAAAAAGAGCAUCGGUCAGAUUGACUACCCAGAAUCCUUUGGGAGAACCGCCUAGAAUUCGUCUCCGCUGCAAAAAGGACGAAGGAAACGAAGGAAACGAGGCAGGAGAGGGAUGAAGUGUGAAACAGGACGGUCCAGCUGCAUUAUGUCCUGUUGUGGGAGUCUAUCAGUGUGUGUGUGUGUGUGCGUGUGUGCAUGUGUGUGUGUGUGCGUGUGUGUGUGUGUGCGUGUGUGCAUGUGUGUGUGUGUGUGCGUGUGUGUGUGUGCCUGGGUGGCCGUGUUCAUGCACCUGCAUGCAUGUUGGGAGCCCCGUGUGCUACAGGCGUGUUCGGCUUGAGGAUUUACCCAAAGACACUUUUCAGGAUACGGACAGGUGAACAACUUCAGCAACACGUUUUCUUUGGAUUUUGACACGUCGUUUUUUCUCCUUUUCCUUUGCCCCGCCCACUUUUAGCUUGAAAGAACAAUGCAAAAAAUGUUGCGAAAUUCUAAAAAGCAGUGUUGGGUUUAGCUUGAUGAAAAUGAAUCGUGAGGAAACAGGAUGGCUUCAUGAAGUCACGCAGAGGCAUCCAUCACGCCGAGGUGCUGUCUGGGUUUUAAAACUCAUUCGGCCAAUCAGCAUCGCCGGUGAGUUCACGGAAACACGCCUACAAAUCAGGAAUAAACCGACCACGAUGUAUCCGAUCACCAGCAGGAGUUACACAAACAGAUGUAAAGGAACAGUAAACAGAACACACACACAAACACACACACACACGCACACACACUUGUUAAAAGCACUUUUGUAGAAACGCAUAUCGGCCGUGUAAAUUUACAUAAAUGAGAAAAAAGUCAGAGCACGGAAAAUAACACGUGUUUUGUAAACCCUGAGUUUAACGAGGCGAUCAGGACCCGGGGACAUUUAUAUUGAUCCUAUAUAUUGAUCCUCUCCUCACCACAGAUCAAUCAGCCGUAUCGACUGUAAACAGAUGCUCGUGUUUUAUUCGUUUCUGUCGCCAUAUUGUACAAAAUACUUGUUUUAUUGGUGCAGAUGAUGCAAAUGUUAUGAAAAGAUUGAAAGAUGAUGUAUUUCUGACCCUACUGAGUCAUAGUACAACACUUUAGUACAACUAUGUUAAGUAUGUUCUAUGUUGUGAUCUGUCGUGUUGCAUUGUGGGAAAUACAGGACGAUGUUCACGUCGUGGUGUCUCUACGUCUCCCUUCAACCACUUUAUUGGAAGCUCAAUAAAAACUUCUUUUUUUUAAAGCAUGUUGUUUAAUGACGGACAUUCUUACGUCUGUACGAGAUGAAAUACUUUCCCCCGGCGAGCUUCCUGUGAUCUUUUUUAAAAAGAGCUAAUAAACCCCCGGCCGCAUCUCCUGUGAGUUUAAAGACACUUGUGGAAGAAUUUGACGGCCAGUGAGGGGUUAACGCUCAGGGGUUCAGCCCAAAAGAGCCAAAAACACACAAAUGUUUGUUUUUUAUUGCAUGGCAAAAGUAUGUAUCAUAUUAAAAAUAGUUUUGACAUGACAUAGUUACUUGUUAUUUAAAUAUUCUUACGGGGGUUCUUUUAUAAAGAACAUGCAUAUGAAAUCACUUGUAACCAUGUUCAUAUUAUAAGAAACUAAAGCUGUUGGAUCUGGAUUUAAAUCUUUGUUAAGCAUGAAA